UACAUUUGUAACCUUGAUGUGCCUCCAUUUUUUCCUUCUACUCAACUUUCUGUUAAUAUUUCUGCACUUAGCACUGUUAACGGCUGCUUUCUUUAUAUAAUUUAUGCCCUAUUUUUAUUAGCAGUUAAACUCAUCACUAUUUCAGUAACACAAUAUUAUUUAGCUUGCCUAAUAUAGUAGCAGAGACAUAAAUUAACUUUAUGAUGAUGCUGUAAUUUAUAGCAAUGCACGCGAUGCCUUCCAAUCAUCGUAAGAGCAGAUUAUUAAAUGUAUGAAAGCCAAAUAUAUCUGGCACUAUGAAGCAUUUUGCGUCAAGAGUAGAAAUAAAUAUUCUUGUCUUCAAAAUAGAUAGGUUGGUGUGGGCGAUCAUUUUUCUUACAUAUCCAUAACAGGGACUACGUGCGUUUUUUCCUUUUUAAUAAUAUGCCCUCACUGGUUGCUCUGACCUUUUUGGAUUUUGAGUAAGGAGUAGUUCGUUUUUAAGACGGACCUCUUGGAUGCAGUGGUUAUGCUCAUGCCCAGACACGUAGACGGUGACUUCAUACUCAUUUUUCAACGCACGUCCAGCGGCUGUCGUGCCUGUGAGAGAAUGGAUUGAUGCACCUCUCGCUGAGAAAAACGAGUCUGCCGCCGACCAUAAACGCUCUUGUUCUUUUUACUUAGAUUUCUGCAUUUGCUUCAGGAAACGUGUCUUUGCCAGCACGCUGCUGUACUGUGCAUGAGUUGCUGCUGCUGGUGCUGCUGAGGACAUUUUUUUUUUUUUUAUUCUUUCUUCUAAGCAACGAUGCCACACUUACUGCUUUAAAGGGAAGAAAAGCUGUAAUCAGAUGAGGAUGACGGACCCGCGAUCGAUUACAGGAAUAAUGAAGGACUCAGAUACUGAGAUCAUCAUGUUCUCCUUCGAUGUAGAGGAAUAUUGCUGAAUCUGAUGACAGUGGAAUCCAUGUAAGCGUCCAACAAUACAAUGAACAACACACUUUCACCAUCAGACCUGGUGGAUGUGCCAAGACAACAGAGCUUCAAUGGCUCCGGAGGUAUACAGACACCUUCAGGUUGGGCCAUGAUCCACACUGCCACCUUGACCUUUUGCUCCCUGCUCCUCAUCUUCAUCUUUUUUAUGGGCUCAUAUGGCAACCUUGUGGUGUUCCUGUCUUUUUUCGAACCGGCCUUUCGCAAGUUCCGCACCAACUUUGACUUUAUGAUCCUCAACCUGUCCUUCUGUGACCUGUUCAUUUGCUGCGUGACGGCUCCCAUGUUUGCACUGGUGCUAUUUCUGGACGCCGGCGGAGCUGAUGGUGUGUCAAAGAGCUUCUGCUUCGCCUUCCACCUGACCAGCUCGGGGUUCAUCAUCAUGUCCCUGGAGACGGUGGCAGUGAUUGCCCUGCACAGACUUCGCAUGGUUUUGGGGCAGCAUCCUAACCGCACCGCCUCGUUCCUCUGCACACUAGCCCUCACCGCUCUCCUGUGGACAUCCAGCUUCACCAUGGCUGCUCUCUUGACCAUGCGAGCGUACCCUCGCAGAGAUGGGCCUUGCUUGCCACACUUUGGACUAGGAAGUGGACAAGCCAGGGUUGUGCUGUACGUUUACCUGGCAGACUUUGCAUUUUGCGUCGCUGUGGUGUCUGUGUCCUAUCUCAUGAUUGCUAAGACACUAAGAAAAAAUGCACAAGUAAGGAAAUGUCCGAUUAUCAGUGUAGAUGCCACAUGUCCACCUCAGCCUGCACCUCUCAUUGCAGCGGGCUUUGAGAACAUGCAGUGUGCUGUUCAAGGCCCUCCUUUGUAUCGCAACCAGACUUACAACAAACUGCAAAAUGUACAGACACAUGCAUAUGCAAACCGGAUCAGCCAACCUAUAGUCCCAGGAGCAGCCCAAGGAGCCACCUGCUGUCAGAUAGUUUCUUCUGUCAACUUAGCCACAGCCAAAGACUCAAAGGCAGUUGUCACCUGCGUGGUUAUUGUGUUCUCUGUCCUGCUUUGCUGCCUGCCGAUGGGAGUUUCACUGGCGCAGGACGUUUUGUCGCCAAAAAGCAACUUUACACAUUACCAGUUUGAACUGUGUGGUUUUGUGCUCAUUUUCCUCAAGUCGGGCAUCAACCCAUUUGUGUACUCGCGCAAUAGUGCAGGCCUUCGCCGCCGCGUGCUCUGCUGCAUUCAGUGGGCCGCACUGGGUAUUCUCUGUUGCAAGCAAAAGACUCGCCUCCAUGCAAUGGGGAAGGGCAGCCUGGAAGUCAAUCGCAAUAAAUCUUCCCAUCAUGAAACCAACUCAGCUUAUGUGCUUUCGCCAAAGCCACCCAGGAGGCUAGUGGACCAGGCUUGUGGGCCCAGUCGCUCUAGAGAUUGCGAUAGUAGCCCAAGGGCCACAGGGGUGCGGAAACCUCGUCUCCCAAGCACUUCUACUCCAAUGAAUACCCGUAUUGAGCCGUACUACAGCAUUUACAACAGCAGUCCCUCUGCAGGACCCAGUUCCCCUACCAGCCUGCAUCCUGUCAGCUCUCAGACAUUUGCUUUUGUCAAGUCUUAUGUAGCCAUGCACUACCACACUCACCAAGAUGCACUGCAAGACUUCGACAGCACCUCAGCACACCAGAUUCCCAUUCCUUCAGUUUGACCACAGAACUUUUUUGGGCAGUUUCACUAUGGCUUUAAGUCCAAUGGGAAUCUAAAGACAACAUGGCUCUUUUAAUGCAUUGGAAUCAGUAACUUUAUUCUCCUCUGCAGCUUGUCAAAAUUAUAAGCUUUGCCCCUGACACAGUAAAGAAGAAAACACUUUAUUAGGAAGUGUUGAUCCUUUUUUUUUGUUUUGCUCUCAUAGACGCAGUUUCACGGAAAUGUUGUGCACGCAUGUGCCGUUAACCCACAAAUCUAAAGGUUUUAUUUCAAUUAUUGCCAAGCACAGCAGCGAGUUGGACUGCUGCAAUGCCAGGCUACCAAAAUACCCUGCACAAGCCCACACAACUGUCAGUGGCAUGUUUUUGCACCUUGAUGAACUUUUCGCUUCUUAAGAAAAUGUAUGUGUGAACCUCAGACUUUUUAACCCAAUAAAUGGUCAGCAAGUGCUUUGGAUCUGUGGCAUGAUUUUAUUUUUAAAAUACCCUUUUUAUUUAAAUAUGUCACUCAUGAUUCUAACCAGGUUUUGAAAAGAUGGCCCUUUACUUAAUUCUGUGGAUUUCUCGAUACUUUUGUAAGACAGUAAUGACAAGUUACACUGUUAAUAUAGUUAACCACUAGACAGCAAUGUUUAAAAAAAUCCUUUCUGAUGUGCCCCCAAAGAUCACAAUAAAGUAGUUUCAUAAGUAAAUAUUACAAUUCACAGAAUACCAGCACCCUCUAGUGGUCUGUUAUUUGCCAUGAGAACCAAAUUUUCCAUAAAUUAAACCUGAUGUGUGUUCUGAUCUGGCAUGUGUUUCCUUCCUUUAUAAAGCGUGAUUGAGGAUCCUAAAAAUGAGCUACACAACUUUGAUGUAUUAUCAUUAAUGAGUAAACUGUUUGAUAAGGUGAUAUCCCCGUGAAGUAAUUAAACUCAACCAAUGAACUCCCAUGUCAUUUUAUUUUCUGCAUCAAAUGCAUAGGUUUAUGCCCUUUCAUACAGCAGCAAUAAGAUUCCCCAGUGUGCAUUUUUUAUAAAACCACAGAAUAUCUUUGAACCAAUAUACAUUCUGCACAUUCUUCAAAUGUUUCAUUCAAACUUUUGCUGCUUAUGCACAUCACACUCUCAUGCAUAAUUUACACUCAUUCUGUAAAUUGGCAACACACUCACUCUUCCAGCUGCAAAAGGAUCCCAAACUUCCAUUUUUUUUUUAAUCUGCAAGCACAAGUAACCAUUCAGUUUAAAAUCUCACUCAAACACACUCUGAAAUGCACAGUAGAGAAAAUAAAACCACCAUGAGCUGAGUUGAUUCCCCUGAAUGA